UGAUUAGUUUUGCAACGCGCUUCGAAUCUAUGACUUAAAAAUGACCAAUCUAUCCUUUACUUCAAGUCGUAUAAAAAAAACUCAUAACCACCCCAACACCAGAAACAAAUCAAAACAAAAACAUAACCCUAAUUGUAUAUAUUAUUUUUAUCUCUGUACAUCUCGGUUUUGGGGAGCAGCAGCAGCAGCAGCAGCUCAAAUAUAUUUUAUAUGAAAAUGAUGGGGACGAAAGGGAAGAUUUCGAUAUGGAAGACGACGAAAGAGAGGACGAGGUUGAAGUUUUUGGGACUUGGAGGGAUAAAAUGGAAGAGAUUGAAUUUCAAGAAGAUGUCGUUUUUGGAAACUUUGAGAUACAGAAUCAUGUCUAUCAUCGAAGCUAUGGUUUUGGUAUCUAAGCUUGCUUUCUUCUUUCUCUGUUGCGGUUGUAGAUUCUAAACAAAGUUUAGUUUUCUUCUUUUCGUCAACUCUGUUUUUUUUUUUUUUGUUGUUGUU